AUGAUCGCCCCUUCGAGGGCUGCCCCAGCCGCACGGCAAGUGCGCAGAUCGGCAGAUGAGCCCGCUUCGAGUUACUUCUUCUUUAGUCGAUCGCCAGGACACGCGAUCGAGUUCACAGGGACGCCUCUUGGCGAGCUGCCGAAGGUGUUACCAUCACUGACGGAGAUCAAGCACCACAUUCCGACGCUGCUGGGUGAAGAUCAUGAGGACGACGAUGAGCACGGAGCGGUGUAUCGCGUGGAAGAACACGAUCACGAGGACGAUGACGAUGGAGAGGAGCGUGAGGAGCACGGAUCGGCGUAUGAUGUGGGUCACCACGCAAAAAAGGGCGUCACCUCGGACAAGGGAUACGACGAGAAGCAUUCCCAUGAGCGAGGCCGCAAAGGUAGUUACGGAAAGGAGCAUCAUGAAAACCAGUACGCCAACGGAGCGGAUAGGAGUCAUUCACACCACGACGAAGGAUCGCAUCAUCGCGAUCAUCAUGCAGCGGCCCACCGCACGAAGGGUGGCAAACACCACGAGAAGAAACAUCACAAGAAGGGCUCGAAAACGACAGGCUACCACAACGUGUUCCACAAGGACGAGUACAAGAAGGAGCACGUCUUCUACGACACGAGCGAUCACAGCGGGCAAUUCAAGAAGUACGGAUCGGCGCACGAACAUCAUGGGCUUGAGACGGGCCAGCACGCAUCCGGUGGCCACGAGAACCGAGCACAUCGUGAAGGUGGCCACAAGAAGUCGGGCGGAAGCCAACAUGGUGCGUACGACGAGCAUCAGGACGCGUUCCGGCAUCAGCAUGGUCGGGAACGGCACAAUAAGGAUGGUUCGAGUUACGGCCACUCGGGGGCGGCUGAGCGCGGUUACCAGAUUAUUCACCCUUAG